AGUUUUCAGACGUGUCGCUGCUGGAUGUGAGGAUGGGACCCACUUUGCUCUGUGAGCUGGGCCUAUUCUUGCUCUGUACGCUCCUCUGCACUGGACACACUCAAGAUGCUGUGUUAACUAUUGAACCCAACUGGUCCAGUUUUUUCAUUGGAGAGUUUGUUACCUUCGUGUGUGACAUGAAUGAAGGAGCAGACACUGACUGGUAUUACAAACUCUACAAGGAUGGUCGAGAUGUUGUCCUCUACAAAACAUACAAAGACUACAGAUUACCAAUAACAUAUGCAGGUGACAGUGGUGAAUAUCAGUGCUUUGGUCGCAGGAAGAGCUCAAAUUAUACAAAGAGCAGUAACACUGUCUCUGUAACUGUAUCAGAUAAACCCAGGGCCACACUGACAGCAGGAACAACAAUCAUACCAGUAGGGGGCAGUGUGACACUGACCUGCUCUGUGGGGAGAUCUGCUGAGUGGAAAUAUGAGUGGUUCAGACGCACCCAAAGAACCACUGAAGUUCCAAACAGAAGAGAUGAUCAACCAAACAGAGUUAUCAGAGUAUCUCAAGGAGGAAUCUACAGAUGCAGAGGAGGAAGAGGAAACCCAGUUUACUACACAGAUAAAAGUGAUGAAGUCAGCAUUGAGAUAACCUUUUCCAAUAAAGUUGCUGUAAAACAACAACAACACAACUGGCCUCAGAUAUUCAGCGGUGAGACGAUCACUCUGACAUGUGAGGUGCAGGAAGGAGGUGAACCCACUGAGUGGGAGUAUGGAUGGAGAGGACCCAGACAAACCACACAGUGGACACACAAUAAUUCUUUGACAUUCAGAGUUUCUGAGUCCAGCAGUGGAGACUACAUGUGUAAGAGUCGACGCAGAGAUGACUCAUAUUCUUCAACAGAGUGGAGUGAAGCCUUCACACUGUCAGUAACAACUGGUAAACCCAGGGCCACACUGACAGCAGGAACAACAAUCAUACCAGUAGGGGGCAUCGUGACACUGACCUGCUCUGUGGGGAGCUCUGCUGAGUGGAAAUACGAGUGGUUCAGACGCACCCAAACAACCACUGAGGUUCAAAUCAGAAGAGAUGAUCAACCAAACAGAGUUAUCAGAGUAUCUCAAGGAGGAAUCUACCGCUGCAGAGGAAGAAGAGGAAACCCAGUUUUCUACACUGAUAUAAGUGAUGAAGUCAGCAUUGAGAUAACCUUUUCCAAUAAAGUUGCUGUAAAACAACAACAACACAACUGGACUCAGAUAUUCAGCGGUGAGACGAUCACUCUGACAUGUGAGGUGCAGGAAGGAGGUGAACCCACUGAGUGGGAGUAUCAAUGGAAAGUACACAAUCAAACCACACAGUGGACACACAAUAAUUAUUUGACAUUCAGAGUUUCUGAGUCCAGCAGUGGAGACUACAUGUGUAAGAGUCGACACAGAGAUGACUCAUAUUCUUCAACAGAGUGGAGUGAAGCCUUCACACUGUCAGCAACAACAGCACCCGGGGCUGAAAGCUCUUCAUUUUUUGCUCCUUUGAUCGUUGGACUUGUUUGUGGAGUUUUACUGAUUUUUCUUUUGCUGCUGCUGCGUCACUUCAAAAAGUCAAAGGAUUCACACUUAAUCAGGACUCGGAGCACAAAUCAGAGCUCUGCUACAAACCACAUGAUCAACCAGGAUGAAGCCCAACGCAGCCGACACACAUCUCCUCUCCAAGAUGACAGCAUGUUGUAUGCACAGGUCUCCUACAAUAAAGCUAAAGCCAAGAGAGCCAAAGAAAAAUCGGCUCCUGCAGCAGCUGAAGAAACAUUAUAUUCUGAAGUUAAACUGCACACAGCUCUUGAUGACAGCCUGCUGUAUGCACAGGUCUCCUACAAUAAAGCUAAAGCCAAGAGAAGCAAAGGUAAAUCGGCUCCUGCAGCAGCUGAUGAAACAGUUUAUGCUGAAGUCAAACCACAAACAGCUGUUGGUGCCUGUACAGAAAUUAUAUUGUGAUGAACUCAAACCAACUGAAUGAGCAACAACUUGAAGUCAUUUCAUUUGAAUCU